AUGUUUUCCCGCGCCCUUUCAUCUCUCGCACGAUCCAACGCAGCUGCCUCUGCCUCUGCCACGGCCGCUGCUCCCAAGUCCAAUACAGUUCAUUUGAGUCCGACCGCUUGCGACACGUACAAUUCGGCCAUCGCCGGGCUCACCGACGAGCAGGAGGAGUUCCGCUUAGCCGUGUCUGACUUUGCGCAGCGCGAGCUAGCUCCACGCGCCGGCCAAAUCGACCGCGACAAUGAGUUCCCCAUGGACAUGUGGAAAAAAUUCGGAGACAUGGGUCUUCUCGGUGUGACCGCUGGAGAGGCCCACGGGGGCGUUAACCUGGGCUACUUCAUGCACACCAUAGCCAUGGAGGAGAUCUCGCGCGCUUCGGGGUCGGUGGCAUUGAGCUACGGCGCGCACUCCAACCUGUGCGUCAACCAAAUCAACCGCCAUGGAACGGAUGCCCAAAGAGCAAAGUAUCUGCCGCCGCUGAUUUCCGGAGACCACGUUGGCGCCCUCGCUAUGUCCGAGCCCGGCGCCGGUUCCGAUGUCGUGUCAAUGCGGCUGCGCGCGGAAAAGCGCGGAGACAAGUAUGUGUUGAAUGGAAACAAAAUGUGGAUCACCAAUGGGCCCGAUGCCCACACCCUAGUUGUGUACGCCAAGACAGAUGUCGCGAAGAAUAAGAUCACCGCAUUUAUUGUUGAGCGCGGCUUUAAGGGGUUCAGUACCCACCAGAAGCUCGAUAAGCUGGGCAUGCGCGGGUCCAAUACCUGCGAGCUGGUGUUUGAGGACUGCGAGGUUCCGGCGGAGAACGUUUUGGGCGCCGAAGGCGGCGGCGUCUACGUGCUGAUGUCAGGGCUGGAUCUCGAGCGCCUAGUGCUUUCGGGCGGACCUCUUGGCCUUAUGCAGGCUGCUGUUGAUACUGCAGCGCAGUAUGUUCAUGAGCGGCAUCAGUUUGGCGUCCCCAUUGGCACCUUUGAGCUGAUGCAGGGGAAGCUGGCUGAUAUGUACACAAAGCUCAAUGCGUCGCGCGCAUACGUCUAUGCGGUCGCCCGGGCGUGCGACCAGGGGAAGGUCAGCAAUAAAGACUGCGCCGGCGUUAUUCUUUACAGCGCUGAACGUGCCACCGAGGUUGCCCUCGAUGCUAUCCAGUGCUUGGGCGGUAACGGGUAUAUCAAUGAUUACCCCACUGGCCGUAUCCUACGCGAUGCUAAGCUUUACGAAAUCGGCGCUGGAACAAGCGAGAUCCGGAGAAUGCUGAUUGGCCGCGAGCUCAACAAACAAUACAUGGCUUAA